CACUAAACGUGGGCUAGCUGGAGCCAAGGUACAAGAUCCAAAACUACAUUUUCAUGAGAAACUGAGGUGGUACCAGUUGAAGUUUAAAAUCUGUCUAGAGUAUCAUGGCUAAUAAAGGGAAAACUGAAUUUUUCCUGAUAUUUGUUGUUAUUGUGCCUAUUCAUUUACAAAGAUUAACUUUCAAGAAUGUGGUGACUGCUACAACCACUGGAACUACAGCCAACACAACAACUGCUCCAACAAGAACUACUAUGGUCAACACAACAUUAACCAACAGAACCACAGUCAACACAACUCCUGUAACCUUAACCAACAGAACCACAGUCAACACAAUAAAUCCUGCAACCCCAACUGACAGAACCACUGACUACACAACAACUCAUGCAACCCCAACUGACAGAACUACUGACAACACUAAUCCUGCAACCCCCAAUGACAGAACAUCUCCUGCAACCCCAACCAACAGAACCACAGUCAACACAAUAACCCCUGCAACACCAACCAACAGAAUCACUAAUGACACAAUAACUCCUACAACUCCAAUCGACAGAACCACAGUCAACACAAUAAACCCUGCAACCCCAACCAACAGAACCACAGUCAACACAACAACUCCUACAACCCCACCCAACAGAACCACUGAUUACACAUUAACUCCUACAACUCCAAUCGACAGAACCACAGUCAACACAAUAAACCCUGCAACUCCAACCAACAGAACGACAGUCAACACAACAACUCCUACAACCCCAACCGACAGUACCACAGUCAACACAAUAAAUCCUGCAACCACAACCGACAGUACCACAGUCAACACAAUAAAUCCUGCAACCACAACCGACAGUACCACAGUCAACACAAUAAAUCCUGCAACCCCAACCGACAAAACCACAGUCAACACAUUAAUUCCUGCAUCCACAACUGACAGAACCACAGACAACACAACAACUCCUACAACCCCAACCAACAAUACCAUAGUAAACACAAUAAAUCCUGCAACCCCAACUGACAGUACCACAGUCAACACAAUAAAUCUUGCAACCACAACCGACAAAACCACAGUCAAAACAAUAAAUCCUGCAACCACAACCGACAAAACCACAGUCAACACAUCAAUUCCUGCAUCCACAACUGACAGAACCACAGACAACACAACAACUCCUACAACCCCAACCAACAAUACCAUAGUAAACACAAUAACUCCUACAACUCCAAUCGACAGAACCACAGUCAACACAAUAAACCCUGCAACCCCAACCAACAGAACCACAGUCAACACAACAGCUCCUACAACCCCACCCAACAGAACCACUGAUUACACAUUAACUCCUACAACUCCAAUCGACAGAACCACAGUCAACACAAUAAACCCUGCAACUCCAACCAACAGAACGACAGUCAACACAACAACUCCUACAACCCCAACCGACAGUACCACAGUCAACACAAUAAAUCCUGCAACCACAACCGACAGUACCACAGUCAACACAAUAAAUCCUGCAACCACAACCGACAGUACCACAGUCAACACAAUAAAUCCUGCAACCCCAACCGACAAAACCACAGUCAACACAUUAAUUCCUGCAUCCACAACUGACAGAACCACAGACAACACAACAACUCCUACAACCCCAACCAACAAUACCAUAGUAAACACAAUAAAUCCUGCAACCCCAACUGACAGUACCACAGUCAACACAAUAAAUCUUGCAACCACAACCGACAAAACCACAGUCAAAACAAUAAAUCCUGCAACCACAACCGACAAAACCACAGUCAACACAUCAAUUCCUGCAUCCACAACUGACAGAACCACAGACAACACAACAACUCCUACAACCCCAACCAACAAUACCAUAGUAAACACAAUAAAUCCUGCAACCCCAACUGACAGUACCACAGUCAACACAAUAACUCCCACAUCCACAACUGACAGAACCACAGUCAACACAACAACUCCUACAACCCCACCCAACAGAACCACUGAUUACACAUUAACUCCUACAACUCCAAUCGACAGAACCACAGUCAACACAAUAAACCCUGCAACUCCAACCAACAGAACGACAGUCAACACAACAACUCCUACAACCCCAACCGACAGUACCACAGUCAACACAAUAAAUCCUGCAACCACAACCGACAGUACCACAGUCAACACAAUAAAUCCUGCAACCACAACUGACAGAACCACAGACAACACAACAAAUCCUGCAACCCCAACCGACAAAACCUCGGUCAACACAUUAAUUCCUGCAUCCACAACUGACAGAACCACAGACAACACAACAACUCCUACAACCACAACUGACAGAACUACAGACAACACAACAACUCCUACAACCCCAACCAACAAUACCAUAGUAAACACAACAACUCCUACAACUACAGGCAUUCAAGUGUUAAGCUUCUCAUUGACAAUAAAUGAAACUUUUGACUUUGCUCUGAACAGUCAAAGUAGUAACCAGUGGAAAACAUAUACACAGAAAAUUGAGGCUUCAAUUGAUAAAAGUUACAGAAACGUUUCUACCUACCAGGCCAACUCUGCAACAGUGACUGGCUUCAGGCCUGGCAGUGUAAUUGCAGAUUUCAAUAUUAAAGCAACAAGUUCUAACCCUAAUUUGGUGUUAGCCAACCAAGAACUUGUUAAAAUUCUCAAAUUAGACGGAUUUAAUGUGGACAAUAAUGCAAUCAGUAGAAGUGUAAAAGAUGGACUAUAUAACGGCAGUGGCAAUAUAUAUCCUGGAACAAAUUUCACACUGUCCUGCAAUAUUUUAUUAAGUAAUGCUACAACAUGGACCCUAAAUGGGAAUACCCUCCAGCCUUCAAAUAAAUAUGUAAUAAACAGCUAUCAGCUCACUGUAAACAAUGCCACUCCGAGUGACAGUGGUCAAUAUGCAUGCACAACUAUAGUAAACUCAAUGCCCUAUAUUAUCUGGCAAAGUGUUACAAUUCAGCCAUACCCAAAUUUCCAAGUGACGACUGAUAAAAUAGUAGAAUGUGCCGAUAUAGCACUUCCACUGCAGUGUUGUGUUCAGGAGAUUUAUCAAGUGAAUUGGAAUGUUGAUCCUGCAGCUUGCAUCCAAACUUCAACAGUCUCACAAGCAAGUUGCUUGUUAUGUAACUAUAUAAUUAACAAACAGAGCUGCCUGAAUAAUGACCAAGUAAUACAAGUCACAUGCCAACUAACAACACCAAUCAGUGGAGGUACUAACAAAGAGAGCUUUACAAUUACUGUAAGAAACAAAAAAUUUACAUGCUCUGAUAGUGUAUUUGGAUCUGGAAACCCAGGACAGCAAAGCACUGGUGAAUGUAACACAAACAUGGUUGGCACUCAAGUGGCUAUAUGUGAACCAUCAGGAUUCUGGAACAUCAUAGAAAACAACUGUGUUCUGGGUGUCAUUCAAAGUUUAAAAAAUCAAGCUGAGAAUUUACAGGUAUCAGACAUCCCACAAUUUAUGUCCAACAUCAGCAGUACUGCAACAUUACAAACUCAAAAUAUUGUUGGCUUUCCAGCAACCAUAACAACUAUUGCGCAAAUAUUGACAAUCAUUUCAAAUCUCUCACCAACAACUUUGAUCAGUGAAACCAUUAUGAAGGAUGUCCUAGACACAGUUGACAUCGUUGGAUCAGUUGGUGCACAGCACACAUGGGUGAUUAUAAAUGAAAACAAUGCAACCGUGAAUGCCAGUUCUGAACUUCUCAACUCAACUGAAAUCUUUGGACGCAGACUCUCGGACAAUAGCUUUAACAUAACAACAAACUUUACCUCUCUUAAUAAAGUUAACAUUACUUCCCCUUUUUCUGGAGAAUUUGGCAAAAACUUAACUACGCAAAUAAGUUUUCUGGAGAUUAUAGAACCAACUUUGAUCACAGUGAUAAUUUCCUCAGCUUUUAACAAUAUCUUACCUGCUCGAAAUCUGAACUACAAUGGCAGCAAUCAACCUGGCACCAGCAUCAAUGGAGAUGUAGUCCUGAUUGAAACAAACUCAACAAUUAACAACAUCUCCCUUUCAUUUAAGGUCAAAAACAAGAUGCUGGGCAAGCAGCAGUGUGUCUUUUGGAACUUUAAACUUUUGGAUGACACUGGGGGGUGGGACUCAACUGGAUGUCAACUUAAGUCAUUAGAAAAUGAAACUGAAAUAGUUACAUGUGAAUGCAAUCACACAACAUCUUUUUCAAUCCUGAUGUCACCAUUUACCCUGGAUAAAGACUUAGCCAUAAUAUUAGACUAUAUAACUUACACUGGCGUUGGCAUUUCAAUGGGCAGUUUGGUUUUGUGCCUCCUUAUUGAAAUCAUUAUAUGGAAAUCAGUGACAAGAAAUGACACAUCCUUCAUGCGGCAUGUCUUUGUAGUCAACAUUGCUCUCUCCCUACUGUGUGCAGACAUUUGCUUUAUCAUUGGAGCAGCGGUUGUUGACCAAGGCGAAGGUCCCUGCAUUACAGCCACAUUCUUCAUGCAAUUUUUUUAUCUUGCCCUUUUCUUCUGGAUGUUGUUGUCCGCACUCUUGCUCCUCUACCGCACCCUUAUGGUCUUUUCCAGAAUAAGCAGAGGUGCAAUGAUGGCCAUAGCCUUUACUGUUGGCUAUGGAGCUCCAUUAAUCAUAGCUGUUAUUACUGUGGCAUCUACAGCUGGCAAAAAUGGAUAUAUCGAAAAGAAAUACAAUUGUUGGCUAAACUGGAGUCAAACAAAGGCCCUCUUGGCAUUUGUGAUUCCUGCUCUGACUAUUGUAGGUAUAAACCUCCUUGUGCUUAUUAUGGUUCUUUGUAAAAUGUUCAGAAGAGGAGUAAAUGCUUCUACGCUGCCAAAUGAGAAACAUCCCUUACUGGUCAUUGCCAGAUGUGUGGGAAUUUUAACACCUCUCUUUGGUCUAACGUGGGGAUUUGGCAUUGGGACCCUGGUGUCAUCGGACUUCGGGAUUCAUGUGGUGUUCACAUUCCUUAAUUCACUGCAGGGUUUCUUUAUUUUGCUGUUCGGAACGUUACUGGAUAGUAAGGUCCAAGAAGCAUUAGCAGCAAAGGUUUUUUUGUUAAAAAACUUGAGAUCAACCCCUACCAAGACCAUGAGUGCAGGACCAUCAUCUUCAAGUGGACUUAUUUCCACAUUGAGGUUACGGAAGAGAUAUGUGUACAAUGUGUCGGAAAUGGAACUUUUGUCUUUAAGAAACUCAAAUGCACCAGCUGACAGUAAAUCCUCCACACCAACAGUAUAGGACUGUUUAAUCAUAAACCUUACUAUACA